AUGGCGGUCAAGUCUCUGAUGCUGUUGAUGCUGGGACUUACUCUCUUGAGGGCAGUAGCAGGUUGGAAAAUCCCCAAAGCACGGAACGUUGCCUCCCAAACGCCCAAGAAUUGCUCUUCUCUGGAGCAGAACACCGUGUCACUGGACAUUCGCAUUCUCAGAAACAACCAGGGCAGCCCCACUUCACCAAAUAUCAACAACCGCUCCACUUCCCCCUGGGAUUAUAACAUCACCCAGGAUAUAAAUCGCUUCCCCUCUUCGAUAGCAGAGGCCCAGUGCAGAUCCUUAGUCUGCGUCGAUUCUAAUGGAAAUCCAAACAACUUCAUGAAUUCUGUUCCCAUCCACCAAGAGAUCCUGGUCCUCCGGCGGGACCCGCAGGGUUGCGCCAUCUUCCGGCUGGAGAGGAUCCGGGUGGCUGUGGGCUGCACCUGCGUCACUCCUCUCGUCCAACACUCAAACUGA